ACUUCAGACUUUAAGGUGGGCUCUGAGAACUGACAAUGUUUCCCUCUCCUGCACUUCUCAGUCUAAGGGGGUUGAUCCUGCAUGUUGCAAGCACCCAUCUCUAGCUGCCUGCCUGCCUGCCUGCCUGCCUGGCUUUUUAUAUACACCCAUUCUUCAGACUAAGGACUUUAAAUAUUUUCUAUUCUCUGCACAGACUGGGAUUACUGUUACACUGAUAUCCAUUCCAACAGGAUUUGCUUUUUUUCCUUAACCACCAAUCUUCCAGGAAAUUAGUGGAAUUAGGAUAUCCUAAAAGGAAUAUACAUCUAUCUACAAGGGAAAUAUCCAACAUUGUGUAAAGGAACCUUACGGAAAGCUACAGUGUAACCUACGAUUCUUCCGAACAUCUUUCUUCCAUUACAUACUUUUUAAACAAGUGCAACUUGGAAACGUGUGAUGUUUUUCUAAUGGGUGUGGACCUUUUUUGAGAUGUAACUCUUAUACAAAGUCUUCACGUUUUGAUUGUGAACAGGAAAGAGCGAGAGAAGAAAAAACAUGUUCUUAACCUGAAUACCCUAUUCAUCUAAACUUCAACAUUAUGAAUGGUUUCCCAGAUGCGGAGGUUGUUUUACUGAUAUUACUGAGGAGCAUUUGUAAGAAGAAAAACAAUUUCUGGCAAGGAAAUCAAGCCAACCAAAAGGAAUUUAUAUAGAAACAGUUUGUUUUCUGGAGGAGGGUAUAGCACAUAAUCCAGAAAGAUCUAGCUGUGCAGCCUGCCUUGUUCAUAUUAGUCAAUGGUGAUCGAAAGGCUGGGAUGUGGACAGUCUGGUAAAAUCCUUCCGUUUGGAAUUGUUUGAAUAGAUACUGUGAACAGUGGGCUGUUGAAUAAGAUAACCCAAACCAAGUCUUCACCAUAUUCUGCUCUAGCUGUGGGGGACAUCAAGAGAACCUCAGAACACACUUUCUAAGCAGUCUGGGAGUCGUGGAUUGUUAUAGUAAAAAAAAGGGAUUCAUCAUCGGUGACCAUGACUAUGGAAACAUGGAACUAUUUCAUUGCUUGGACUCAGCUGUUACUACUAUUUCGAAUGGUGCCAGAAUAUGUUAAUGCUAAGGCCUGCCCUUCAGUCUGUCGAUGUGAUGGAGGUUUCAUAUAUUGCAAUGAUCGGGAGUUGACAUCUAUUCCUUCUGGAAUACCGGACGAUGCUACUAUUCUAUACCUUCAGAAUAAUCAUAUCAACAAUGCCGGGAUACCUUCUGACCUCAAAGGCCUAGAUAAAGUUGAAAGAAUAUAUUUAUAUCAUAACAGUUUAGAUGAAUUUCCAAUUAACCUCCCCAAGAAUGUUAAAGAAUUGCACCUGCAAGAAAACAAUAUACGGACUAUUACCUAUGAUGCACUUUCACAAAUUCCUUCCAUUGAAGAACUGCAUCUAGAUGAUAACUCAGUAUCUGCUGUUAGCAUUGAGGACGGAGCAUUCCGAGACAACAUAUAUCUCCGUCUUCUCUUCCUUUCACGAAAUCAUCUAAGCACAAUACCCUGGGGUUUGCCUCGAACAAUUGAAGAACUACGUUUGGACGAUAAUCGGAUUUCGACUAUUUCAGAGAUUUCUCUGCAAGAUCUUACCAAUUUAAAGCGCCUCGUUUUGGAUGGAAAUCUUUUAAACAAUUAUGGCCUUGGGGAGAGGGUCUUUAUGAACUUAAUCAACUUGACAGAGCUCUCAUUAGUUCGCAAUUCUCUCACUUCACCACCUGCAAAUCUGCCAGGCACAAACCUGAGAAAGCUUUAUCUACAAGAGAACCACAUGAACUAUGUGCCACCCAACGCGUUUGCUGAUUUGACACAACUGUACCGACUUGAUAUGUCGAAUAAUAAUAUAACAUCUUUACCUCAGGGUAUCUUUGAUGACCUGGAUAAUUUAACCCAGCUAUUCCUACGCAGCAAUCCUUGGUACUGUGGGUGUAAAAUGAAAUGGGUACGUGACUGGCUCCAGUCAUUGCCUUCCAAAGUUAACGUCCGUGGACUAAUGUGUCAGGCUCCAGAAAUAGUUAGAGGAAUGACCAUUAAAGAUCUUAACAAAGAAUUAUUUGAUUGUAAAGACAGGAAUGAUAUCAAUACUGUGCAGGUGACAACCACGAUGCUAAAUACUUUACUUCCAGCACAAGGACAGUGGCCAGUGGUGCCUGUGACCAAACAGCCAGAUAUUAGACUUCCCGAUCUCAGUAGAAUCUAUCGAACCACUCCAAUACCAGUUCGUAAGAUAAUAACUAUUAAUGUGAAAUCUGUCACUAUAGAAACUAUACACAUAUCUUGGAAAAUUGCAUUGCCUUUGACAGCACUGAGACUUAGCUGGCAACUUGGCCACAGCCCUGUUUUUGGAUCUAUAACAGAGACAAUCGUAACUGGGGACAGGACUGAGUAUUUGCUUACAGCCCUUGAACCAGAGUCCCCAUACCGUAUAUGUAUGGUUCCCAUGGAAACCGAUAAUUUCUACUUAUUGGAUGAAACACCUGUUUGCAUCGAAACAGAGACAGCAUCUCUUAAAAUAUACAACCCUACCACAACGUUGAACAGAGAGCAGGAGAAGGAACCCUACAAGAACUCCAGUUUACCGUUGGCUGCCAUCAUAGGGGGUGCAGUGGCAUUGGUGGCCAUUACACUCCUUGCCUUGGUUUGCUGGUAUGUACAUCGGAAUGGAUCUCUGUUUUCUAGGAACUGUGCUUACAGCAAGGGGCGGAGAAGAAAAGAUGACUAUGCAGAAGCUGGAACUAAGAAGGACAACUCAAUUUUAGAAAUCAGGGAGACUUCUUUUCAGAUGAUACCAAUAAACAGUGAUCCAAUGUCUAAGGAGGAAUUUAUAAUACACACUAUAUUUCCACCCAAUGGAGUAAGUCUGUAUAAAACCAGUCACAGUGAGAGCAGCAGUAACAGAAGUUACAGAGACAGUGGUAUACCAGAUUCUGAUCACUCACAUUCAUGAUGCUUGAUGGCACAGGACAUUUUAUAGGAACUUCUGUGAGUGACUGGAAUUCACUGUUCCACUGUAAAACACUGGAUAAACAUUUGAAGGAGCAAUGUACUGUGCAUUUGCCAUAUAAUUUAUAUUUAAGAACUUUUUAUUAAAAGUUUCAAAUUUCAGGUUGCUGCUACAAUUAAAUGUAGCCUGACGCCUGACCACAAUUCUCUAUUUUAGUAUUUUUUUGUAAUUUGUACUGUAUUUUCCUUGCUAAUAUUGAAAGUUACGAACCAUUUAUCUUUUUUUUUUGUGUUCUACUGAGUAAAACGACUUGUCGACUGUGAAAGUGAUUUUUUUUGCUGUGUUGAACAAUCAGGAUUUAAUUUUUUUUUUAAAUGAUUUUUUUUUCAAGAUUGUUGUAGUAUAAAGCACAGACCAUUUUUUUUUUAUUUCAUUUUUUUUAAACAAAAAUAUAAAAUGUAGCUACAAAACAAAAAUAAAAUAGAUUAAACCAUUGGCUCUGUAAAAACUGUACACAUCUGUAACGCUCAAUAAACAAAUGUGUUUAGUAAAUGGGCAUUAUCUGUUUUUAACAAGAACCACUCAAUAUUUCACUUUUUCAUUAAUUUAAUAGGCAGAAAUAAACCCGUUAAUUAUUCCUGAGAGCAUUAGGGCCUUUAAAGAUACAAAAUAUUACAAAAAAAAACAACAUUCCAAAUUAAAUAUUAAUAUCAUUAUUAUUUUGCUUUACUUAACUACAAAUUGCAUUAUAAUCCAAUACAAUUCAAAACUGGAACACCAAAUUUAUUCUCAUUAACAUUUGUUAUUCCAUCCAUUUAAAAAAUGUUUUAAACAAUAUUUAUUUACUGUCGUAUUUAUAUCAUCCAUUUACUUUUUCAAAUCAGAAAAGAAAAUGUGUUGGAAUAAACCUCACAUUGUCACACCGCUAUAUUUUCAUCAUUUUAGGAACAAUAAUAAAAUAACAGAACUGUAACAAGGAGCCCUAUUGCUCAAAGGAUUACAUUGUGAAUACUCAAACCCCAUUGCAUGUAUUAAAUAAAUAUACAAAGUCAUAAUGAAACAUAAAACAUACAACAACCCAAAUGUUAAAGUUUUAAAAAAACAUAUACAAAUAUAUAUAAAAUAAAGAACAAUAUCACAAUGUUCCAAAAUGCACAAUAGCACUAGGUAUACAGAGCCAACCUUAAACGAAAGUCAAUUAAUUAAAUUGAUACAUCGUGCAGAAUAUCGACUCCCACUUUUUUUUUGUAUUUUGCUUAAAAACCAAUAAUUUGAGAAAAACACAAGCAGAAUAAAGCCCUUUACUAAAACAUGCAUACCAUGUUUUUUCCCUUCCUAUUUGUUAAAAGCAAUUUAAUAUUUAAAAAGAACAAAUUAAACACAUAUGUUGCCAUACCUUUAUUUCAUUUUUUUUUUUUCUAGAUAAUAACCAAAGUGCGUUGUAUGCCCUUUGGCCAGUCUUGUAUGUGCCUUGAUCCAAUGCUACAUGUAUUCAGCUUUCUUUCAGUGACAAUUUUUUCAUACAUGCCAAACUAUGAAAAAUAUUGAUCUUAUUGCUGAAUAAAACAAAAAAAAAAAGUACAUUAA